UGAUUUUGCAUUUCCGGGGGGGAGAACUGUUAGUAAACAAAACAGUUCUCCUCCCUGUCAGCUCCUGCACAAUGCACAGUACAGCCAUGCAAAGCAGUGUGCUUACAGUGAAGCACAAACACAAGACACAAUCGCAAAAAACAACACACAGUUAACCCUUUGAUCACCCCACAUGUUAAAUGCUUCCUGCCCAUUGCCAAUAGUACAGUGUCAGUGCUUUUUAUUAGCACUGAUCACUGUAUUGGUGUCACUGGGGAUGUCAGUGACACCAAAUCAGUUCCCCCCAGUGUCAGAAUGCCUACCGCAGUCCCGCUAU